UAAUUUGAAAACACAGUUGAUACAAAACAAAUUAGUUCUAGGGCCGGUCGGUUUUCGCCCCCCUAAACGAGAACUCCCAUCGGCAGCCAUGGAGGAACAACCCCAGGUCGAUGCAAAUUUCCCAUUGUUUUCCCGGAAAAAGAAGUUCGCCGUGAACAGUAAACCCCCGCCCUCAGAAACCGCCAUUGUUGCGGCCUCCAAAUCGUUCCAGAAAGAGCUAAACACCAACCCAACCCCGGACAACAUCACUUUCUCCGACCUAGGCCUCUCCGAAUGGGCCGUCAACACCUGCAGAGAGCUCGGCAUGAAGCGGCCGACUCCCGUCCAGCACCACUGCAUUCCCAAAAUCCUGUCGGGCCAGGACGUGAUGGGCCUCGCUCAGACCGGAAGCGGCAAAACGGCGGCGUUUGCGCUCCCCAUCCUGAACCGGCUCGCCGGAAACCCGUUCGGUGUGUUCGCCCUCGUCGUAACCCCCACGCGCGAGCUGGCGUACCAGCUGGCGGAGCAAUUUCGUGCCCUAGGGUCGGGUUUGGGGCUGCGGGUUGCGGUGAUUGUUGGCGGUAUGGAUAUAAUUAACCAAUCCCAGGGUUUGAUGCAGAGGCCUCAUAUAGUAAUAGCCACUCCCGGCAGAAUUAAGGUUCUUAUUGAGCAGAAUCCUGAUAUUCCUUCUGUUUUCUCCAAUACAAAGUUUCUAGUCUUGGAUGAAGCAGACAGAGUGUUGGGUGUUAACUUUGAAGCAGAACUGAGAGUUAUUUUCCAGUGUUUACCGAAGGAUCGGCAAACUUUACUGUUUUCUGCCACCAUGACUCCGAAUUUACAAACGUUGCUUGAACUUUCGGUAAAUAAGGCAUAUUUCUACGCGGCGUAUGAGGGUUUUCAAACGGUGGAGUCUCUGAGACAGCAGUAUGUUUUUAUCCCCAAGCAUGUGAAGGAUGUGUAUCUACUGCACAUAUUAAACAAAAUGGAAGAAAUGCGCGUUCGAUCUGCUAUUAUUUUUGUUUCCACCUGCAGGAGUUGUGAGCUUCUGAGUUUGUUGCUGGAGCAGCUUGAACUGGAAGUUGCAGCAUUGCACUCUUUCAAAUCCCAGUCCUUGAGGCUUUCGGCAUUACACAAGUUCAAAUCUGGACAGGUUCCUGUAUUGUUAGCAACUGACGUCGCUAAUCGUGGUUUAGAUAUUCCAACCGUAGAUUUGGUUAUAAACUACGACAUUCCUAGGUAUCCAGAGGAUUAUGUUCAUCGUGUUGGGCGUACUGCAAGAGCUGGAAGAGAAGGCCUUGCUCUUAGCUUUGUCACCCAGAAUGACGUGGACCUUGUACAUGAAAUAGAAGCUGUUAUCAAGAAAAAAUUGGACAAGUUUGAGUGUAACGAAAAGGAUGUGAUCGAGGAUAAUAUCACAAAGGUGUACAAGGCUAGGCGUGUGGCAACGAUGAAGAUGACGGAGAAUGGAUUUGAGGACCAAGCCAAGGCACGAAGAGAUCAGAAAUCAAAGGAUAAUGCAGAAAAAGGCCUAGUUACGGACAAUAAACGAAAGAGAUAUAAAAAUAAAGCUGCUAAAAAGAUUAAAGAAUCUCAAGACUGAAGUUUGCUCCCUGUUUCUCUGUCUGAAAACUGAAAAGAAGAAACUAAUGUACCCUUGCAAUCCUGGGAUUGUUUCUGGGAUAAUUUAUAAUUCAUAUUUAUUAUUAUAGGAUACAAAUAGGAAAAUUUUGGGCAAAGAUUUUACUACGGUAGAUUGUUGACAGCAGUUAUUCUCGAAUCACAAUUCGACAAAUAGACGACUGCCAUUUCGAUUU